AUGCUCUUAGACGAUUACGAUUAUGUUAGUUAUUUGGAACCGAGUAAGGCAUUAGCGUUUGUGAACGACUGUCCCGUCUCUGAACAGAGCUUUGAACUGGGUAUGUAUGCUGAAAGAAAUUACACACGAGCAGGACUAGAACAACGCGCGUUUGGUGGCUUAACGCUGAAUUAUAAUUUUGGAGGUGAUCUGAAUGCAAUUUACUUGACAAAGUUGGGUAGAUACAGUGACGAGAACUAUGAAAUGAUUCGCGAUUUUGGUUAUGAUGCACAAAUAGACAUGGAUGGUAAUGAUUAUUGUGUAUCCAUUGAAUUUGAUACAACUCUUUUUUACAUUGUCUCUGGCUCGAAACAUGUGGACUAUAUCAAGAGGGAAUUACGAACAGAACAUGGAGCCGUUGUGCGUUACAUGGACCAAGUAAAUAUCGAACGAUCCUUGACAGGAGUCAACGACUCACUCUCACGUAUAGCUUUUAUGGUUGGUUGCGGCUAUUGUCUUGUCUUACCUCCUAUUUAA